AUGGGCCCCCGUACCGCCUCCUCAUGCUGCUGCCAGGCCCGUAAUCUGCCAUGGGCCCCCGUACCGCCUCCUCAUGCUGCUGCCAGGCCCGUAAUCUGUCAUGGGCCCCUGUACCGCCUCCUCAUGCUGCUGCCAGGUCCAGAGUGUCUCAUGGGUCCCUGUACGGCCUCCCAUUGCUGCUGUCUCCAUCGCCACACUGUGCCAUGUGCCACUUUCAGGUCUCCUCACACUCCUGCUGGUGGGUUCCAUUUUGUCAUAGGGUGCUGUAUGGCCUCCCAUUGCUGCUGCCUCCACCGCCACACUGUGGCUCCACACUCUGGUUUUGGCCCCGUGACUGCCCAAAUGAGUGAAGUGUGCGGUGAUUCUAAGAUCGACGGCACUCAUCUGCAUGUCAUACUGACUGACAGUAUUAUUUCUCUUCCCCAGCAGACUCCAAGGGCAUUUAAAUUAAAGGUACAGUGUUCUGCACUAAUAUAA